AUGAACGGAAACUUCUCAGAAGAACUUGCAGAAAUCCAAAAAUUACCACUCCCAUCGAAAUUUCAGUCGCUCAAAGACAAUGCGGAGAAAAUUCGCUUUAGUUACAAAUUGUUAAAAGAGAAAUAUGUGCUGCCAACCGAUGUGAAACCCGAAAAAAGUGAUAAAAAAUCAUUAGAAGCUCGUAAUUUGGGCAAUUUUUACUUCAAAGAACGAAAUUAUGUGGAAGCUUUGAAGUUUUAUAACAAAAGUUUGUGUUGCGCUCCCUCUGGAUCGGAAAAUUUGGCGAUUUCUUAUGCAAACAGGUCUGCUGUUUACUUGAAUUUGGGUUUCUAUGACUUUUGUUUGGCAAAUAUUGAAUGUGCUUUGAAGGGAAAUUACCCGCAAAAGCUCGUGGCGAAGUUAAAUCAACGUAAAACCGAAUGUUUGGAACAAAAGAAGAAACAUACUGAUGCUUAUUUGAAACUGAAACGUGAGAAAAGUGACAUUCGGUUAUCGGGCAAGGCUCAUAAAAAAGUUCCCGGCAUGCACGAAGGUUUAGAUAUCGCUUGCUCUAUGAAAUACGGAAGGCAUGUCGUGGCAAAACAGAAUUUUUAUCCAGGCGAAGUGAUUGUAGUUGAAAAGCCUUUUGUGAAAAGUCUCCUGAGUUGUGACUUGUUGGAAGGUUCAGAGUAUUCAAGAUGCACAAAUUGCCUGAAAUCUGAAUUUUAUCAAGUUUUUCCGUGUAACUUUUGUACCAAAGCCAUGUUUUGUUCGGAGAAAUGUCGAGAAGACGCCAUUUUUCAUGAAUUUGAAUGUCGCUUUUUUGGCGCCAAAAUUGAUUAUUUGAUACUUCGAUCAGCUUUGUUACUUGUGACGACUUUUAAAGAUGAGUUAAAAGAAUUAUUACCUUCUAAAAACUCAUUGACGGUUUUUGAUGAGAAUUACGAUCCAAAAAGGAAGGGAGAUCAGCUGAAAGUUCUUUUAUCGCAUGCUACUUUUGCGCCUCAAAUUUCCGCAAAUGAAGAAUUUCAAAUCAGCAAUAAUUGUGCCUUGAUUUGGCAUCUCUUGGAUUCAAGUUCCUUCAAAGAAGCUUAUUUACCGACAAAAGAUCUCGAAGAUGCUUUUCUAACCUUUUUAUUUGACUUUGGAGUGAUUUCUCAAUUUUACUCCCAUUCGUUACUGACGAUGCAAAAAACUCCCGAAGACAAGGAAAAAGUCGAUGGAGCUUUUAGUCCACAAAAAUAUGGAACAGGCUUGUUACCAAUUAGCAGCUUGUUGAAUCAUUCUUGCGCGCCAAAUGUCACAAGAAUGGGAAAUGAUGACGCCAUUGUUAUUGUAGUUCGGCGCCAUAUUAAGCCGGGUGAGCAGAUCUUUGACAGUUAUGGUCCGCAUCACUUGAAUCAAAAAGCCCGCGUGAGACAAGAAGAGAUCAAGAAGAAAUAUUCCUUUGAUUGUAGUUGCGAGGCAUGUGAAAACGACUAUGGAUUGUUGAAUGAUCUUGAAAUGGAAGAUAUUGUCGAGUUCUUUCCUCUUUGCGCGGGAAUUAUGAAAAUUAUGGAAUACGAUAAAACAUGGGCGGAAAAAGCGUAUCCGCAAAGUAAGAAGUUCCUUGAGAAGUUUGGCGAAAAGUAUCCAGCUUAUGAGGUUUGUGCGGCGCAGAUUAUCAUGAUUCAUUGCAUCAGUAUUUUGAUGAUUAAAACUCCCAUGGAGUUGCAGUUCAAAAGUGUCAAGUAG